AUGUUAUAUUCCAGAAUAUUAAAAGCUGUUUCUACCAUACCUAAGUCACCUAUGUCGAAUAUUGGAGCUCGGAGAGCUGCCACUUCUAAACACAUUGGCGAACCCUGGAUGGUCACAGAAACUAAGAGAUUGGUGCCAACCAUUUUAAUUUGGGGCGGCACAAUGACAGGAAUACUACUAUGGCCUAUUAUUUUCAGAGUUUAUAUUGAAGAAAUUUUAAAAUAG